CCUCGGAGGCAUCCGACGCAUUCCGGCGGCGGAGAGCGGAGCCGCCCAGCCUCCCGCCGGGAGCCGAAUUCCGGCCCCGCAGCUCGCGCCGUCGGCUCCCGGGGCGGCAGGAGCAGGGGCGCCGCGCUGGCCCCGCCCCAGCCCUGCGAGGAAAGGGGAUCGCUCCCGGCCGGUGGGAGGGGUCGCAGCCCGCGCUCCCCCUCCCCACCGCCUGCCCCGGGUUAAAUGCGGCCGCCCCCGCCGCUCGCUCCAGCCGCCUGGCAGUCCCCACCUCGGGCGCGCUGCCUGCGCCGUUACCUGGUCCAGCUGCCCGGGAGGCUCCGCCCGUCGGCUCCGCUCCGCGGCCGCGCCACCGAGCUGUCCGGCGGGCUCAGGCUCUGGCACUUCCCUUCUCUGUCCCCCAAGCACCAUGAGGGGCCUUCUAUGCUCGCCACGGCUUAUGUUGCUGCUGCUUCUCCAGCCCUGGGAAAGCCAGCUCCAGUUCGCAGGUCCCAGGUGUCGAACGGGGCCCCUGGAUUUGGUGUUCGUGAUUGACAGCUCGCGCAGCGUGCGCCCCUUUGAGUUCGAAACCAUGCGGCAGUUCCUGGUGGGCCUCCUCCGCGGCCUGGACGUGGGGCCCAACGCUACGCGCGUCGGAGUGAUCCAGUACUCGAGUCAAGUGCAGAGCGUCUUCCGGCUCGGCGCCUUCUCGCGCCGCGAGGAUAUGGAGCGCGCCAUUCGCGCGCUGGUGCCGCUAGCUCAGGGCACCAUGACCGGGCUGGCGAUCCAGUACGCCAUGAACGUGGCUUUCAGCGUGGCCGAGGGCGCGCGCCCGCCGGAGGCGCGCGUGCCGCGCAUCGCUGUCAUUGUGACCGACGGGCGACCCCAGGAUCGCGUGGCUGAGGUGGCGGCUCAGGCGCGCGCCCGCGGCAUCGAGAUCUACGCCGUGGGGGUGCAGCGCGCCGACGUGGGCUCCCUGCGCGCCAUGGCGUCUCCCCCGCUGGACGAGCACGUCUUCCUCGUUGAGUCCUUCGAUCUUAUCCAGGAGUUUGGCCUACAGUUCCAGGGUCGGCUGUGUGGAAAGGACCUGUGUGUUGAGGGGGGACACGGCUGCCAGCACCAAUGUGUCAGCGCCCUGGGCACGUUCCACUGUGCCUGCAACCCUGGCUACCAGCUAGCUGAAGAUAACAAGAGCUGUUUGGCCAUUGACCUGUGCACUGAAGGGACCCACGGCUGUGAGCACCACUGCAUCAGCUCCCCAGGCUCCUAUUCCUGCCGCUGCCGAGCUGGCUUUGUACUCCAGCAGGACCAGAGAAGCUGCAGGGCCAUUGACCACUGCAGCUUUGGGAACCACAGCUGCCAGCACGAGUGUGUUAGCACCUUUCGUGGGCCCCGGUGCCACUGCAGAGAGGGCCACGACCUUUUGCCCGACGGGAGGAGCUGUCAGGCCCGGGACCUUUGCAAUGGUGUAGACCAUGGAUGUGAGUUCCAGUGUGUGAGUGAGGGCCUCUCUUACCGCUGCCUGUGCCCUGAGGGCCAGCAACUGCAGGCAGAUGGCAAAAGCUGCAACCGGUGCCGGGAAGGCCACGUGGACCUGGUUCUGCUCGUUGAUGGCUCCAAGAGCGUGCGCCCGCAGAACUUCGAGCUGGUGAAGCGCUUUGUGAACCAGAUCGUGGACUUCCUGGACGUGUCCCCCGAGGGCACGCGCGUGGGGCUGGUGCAGUUCUCCAGCCGCGUGCGCACCGAGUUCCCGCUGGGCCGCUACGGCACCGCGGCCGAGGUCAAGCAGGCGGUCCUGGCCGUGGAGUACAUGGAGCGCGGUACCAUGACAGGGCUGGCGCUGCGCCACAUGGUGGAGCACAGCUUCUCCGAGGCGCAGGGCGCACGGCCCCGCGCCCUCAACGUGCCUCGCGUGGGCCUGGUGUUCACAGACGGCCGCUCCCAGGAUGACAUCUCGGUGUGGGCGGCGCGUGCCAAGGAGGAAGGCAUCGUCAUGUACGCCGUGGGCGUGGGCAAGGCUGUGGAGGAGGAGCUGCGCCAGAUCGCCUCCGAGCCUGCCGAGCUGCACGUGUCCUACUCCCCCGACUUCGGCUCCAUGACGCACCUGCUGGAGAACCUCAGAGGCAGCAUCUGCCCUGAGGAGGGCAUCGGCGCGGGUACAGAGCUUCGGAGCCCGUGCGAAUGCGAAAGCCUCGUGGAGUUCCAGGGUCGCACGCUGGGGGCGCUCGAGAAGCUAACGCAGAACCUGGCCCAGCUGGCGGCGCGCCUGGAGGAUCUGGAGAACCAGUUGGCCAGCCAGAAGUGAGGGCCGCCGGUGGCUCGGAGCCGGGCAGGGACGCGGCCCUGCGGACUGGGUCCCCUGUGUGCCGUCGGGGCGCCGGGGCCGGGCAGCACCGGGGCCCCGGGGGCUUGGGCUGGCGGGGAGGGGGCGCUGGCGGGCUCCCAGCGCUGCGCUC